GGCAAGAAGGUUUGUUCCCUUGGUAAUACGUGCCCAAUCUGGGCGUAACGAAAGCGAACUCCUGUGAUUUUGUUUAUUACUGACAAGUCGAUAGACAUUUCAUAUAAACUCAUUUUGGAUUAUCGUACGAACUGGAGCAUUCUGGUGGGGUUCUUCACCACUGAUUAAGAUCCACUUUCUUAAAACCCUAUUCAAGGUCGCGGUGGUUUGUCUGCAGUGACUUGGAAAAGUUGUCGACGAUCUCAAGAAAAUCAAAUCUCUGGUUCGAGAAUCUGAACGAUAUAUCCAGUUACUUUGCGCUCUGUCACGUGCUUUGUGUUGACGAUGGUUAUAUGAAUUCAGAAAAGCUCUCAGUUAAGAAUUCUCGGUUAAUUUUCGUGCUCAAACUUUUGUUUUUAUUUACGUUAAUAUUGUCCAUUAAUAGGAAAAUCUUCUUAGUGUAAAUAUACGGUAAUGAAACUCAGUCAUAUAUAGUUUAAAAAAGGAUUUGAACACCUUCAACAUCUGUUUAGAUUAUACCCUUAUGUCUCAAGUAGCAAAUGGUUAUUAGAAAAGUAAGGGUGGUUUUAAAAAGAACCAGUCAAAAGUGUUGUGCUUUGUGAUAUCCAUUCGAACAUAGUGUAUCCGUCUUCAAGACAUAUAGCCCGGAAGGACAGGAAGACCAUUUCGGCAAUAUGUCAAGACCCCGUACCCCGGAGCCCCGAUCUCGUAGUCGGGAAUUGGAAGCUUUAGACGGUCGAGGCACUCCGCCUCAUGGCACCCCUGCGGGUGGCACCCCACAGGGAGGGACGCCGUCGUCGGGAACCCCUUUGUCUGGGACUCCUCUCCUCACAGUCAGACGUCCGCCUCGGGCUUCCACGCCGUCCACUGCGCCUGUUUCGCCCUCUCGUACAGGCACGCCCCCCGCCAGUUCGACUCCGCGUUCUGGGACGCCUCCGCCAGAAAAUGCCCCAGGAUCGAGGAGGCCGUCCCUCCUUCAGCCUCCCGCCACCGAUUCACGAAGGAGUUCCCUGACGAAGAAGGCGCUGACGGGCAUCGUCAAGGAUACUAAAAAGGGCAUGAAGAAUGUCACUGAGGCCUCGAUGAAGGCGGGACAGAAGGUAGCGCAUAAAACUAAGGAGGCAAAAGAACACAUUUCACACUCCGUGGAAGAAACAGCCAAGAAGGUCAAAGACAAGACAGUUUCCGUCACGGGACACGUGAAAGACGCCAGCCAAUGGGUGGCCUCGCAGACCUCCAAAACGGCCAAGGCCGCCAUGGAACAGGCCAAAUCGGGCCUGAGCGUCGGCGAGAAAUUCACGCUCUUCGCCGUCGAGAAAAUAUCGACACUUUCUCGAAGAGGCUUCACGCACGUCUUCAUGUUCCUGAUCCUGGCCGGCUACACGGCUCUGGGCGCUGGACUGUUCAUUCUGAUCGAAGGGGGCCCAGAAAACGCGGUACUGCAGGAGAACGAGCACAUCUACAGGAGCUUGGAGAAGAACGCCACAGACGAGAAAAAUCGGCUGAUUCAAAAUCUCUGGACGAAAAAUAACAAAAAUAUUCGGUCAUGGGAUGUCUGGCGAGCUGAAGUGAAAGUGCUGAUAGACAGAUACGAGAGCUUCUUGAACGGCACCUUCAUCCAGCAGCAAGAAUCGGCUCCUGUUGACAAAACUUGGACUUUCUGGAAAGCGAUGUUCUUUUGUUCUACCAUCACCACAACGAUUGGAUAUGGCCACAUUUACCCGAGUACAAACGCCGGAAGGGCGCUGACCAUCGUGUAUGCAAUUCUUGGCAUCCCAAUAUUCCUCAUCCUGAUGGCGGACUUCGGCAAACUCUUCACCAGACUACUGAAGGCGCUUUUCGUCUUCGUCAGGAGGGUCUAUCGAACGGCAACCUGCCGUAGGUUCCGGAAGACAAAGGCUAUGCAGAAGGUCAAGACGCCAACGGUAACCUCUCCAACGCCUCCUUUGGCCUUGCCCGAGUCCAUGUCAGGUGAAUUUGACAAGCAGGACGAGGAACCAGGGCACAGGAGACAGUCCCACAAAGCCAAAACCUCUGAUGCGAGAUGCGGUGAAGAAGACAGUGACGCUGAAGAGGAGAGUAAGCCUUGUUGUCUGACGGCCUGUUACCGAAAGGUGCGUGGCCUGUGCAGUCGAGUGUGUGGAUCAGGCGCCGAAGAGGAGGUGGAGGACGAGACGGUCAUCGACGACAACUUCAACCUUCCCAUAUCACUGGCUCUCUUUAUUCUCCUCCUCUACAUUCUCAUCGGUUGCGUCAUAUACACCAUAUGGGAAGAAGACUGGACUUACUUCACUGCUUUCUACUUCAUCUUCAUUUCCAUGACGACAAUCGGUUUCGGUGAUCUCGUCCCAAAGCAUCCGGCCUACAUGAUGAUAACAACCCUCUACCUCGUCUUUGGCUUGGCUUUGACUGCUAUGUGCAUCAACAUCAUUCAGGAAAAACUGACGGAUACUUUCCGAAAAGCUAGUGAGAAACUGAAGGAAUCACUAGGAUCCAUCAUGGCGGCUGCCAUGCAAGGAGAGGAGGGACAAGAAGGCAAGGAGGUGGAAGUUGCCGAGGUCCAUGGAACAAAAAAACCUGCGGAUCCUGCAUCCACGGAGACUCUCACUAUGAAGAAGGAGACUUAGCAAGCUGUUGUGGAUCAUUAGAGGAGUAUUACAAGAAUAUUUUAACUUUUAUUUGUUUUUAUUUAUUGUACUCAAGCGGUGUUACCAUCUGUAAAAAUAGGUUGUAGGUAAACAUGUAAUGAAUGUCUGAGAUACGGUCUCAGUAAAUUAUUUAAAAGGGAAAUAGCUUUGGAAGAAAUGACUUUAAUCCGGACUGAUUGUUGCAGAAUGGAAUGUCAUUGUUAUGGUACAUUUUGUUUAUAUUAUUAGAUUUAAUAUCAAAUCUCAUCCGUGUGGGAAGAAAAGACUUUAGCUUUUGUAUAAUGUUUGAUAGAUAAAUUGUUAAGCUAUAAAUAUUAUUGAGCGCUCAAAUACUCAUACUCAGAAUCACCAAGUUAUUCAGAUAGAACUAUUAUUAGAUGCACAGUAGCUACAGAAUACACUGCUACCGGUAAUUUUUACUCUAAUUAAUGUUUGUAAACUAGAAACGUUCUCACACAUACACGUGGAAACAUAAUCACACAUAGUUAGCGAAUUUUCCUUUGUAAACAACAUUGCUGCUUAUACGAAACAGGUCGAUCCUCCAAGUAACAAAAUAUGAAAAUUCACCGAAACCAUAAAUUUAGGUGAAUAAGCGAUUAAGGUGACUGAACAUCAUUACCGAGGGCGUAUUGAAAAGAUAUUGCAUUACGAAACAGUCGUAAUCAAUUUAGAAUCAUUAUGCCUUGAAAAUAUCAACGGCAAAUGACACAGAAAUGCCGACAUUGAACAGUAUUUAUAUGUAUUGAUCCAGAAAAUGGAAAUAAUAUCUACCAAUAUAUCGAAUAUUCUGAUAUCAUUACUAAAUAAAAUUCAUAUUUUCAGAAGGUGAGAUAAGAAGCAAUUAAAUGCCAGUCUUUUUCAACAACUUGGAGGGUACAAGAUCAACCUGAUAUUUCCAGCAAUUGAGGUGUUACCAGUAAUGAUUGUAAUCCACCUUUUAAACUGACAAAGAUCUUGGAACUCUCGAAACUUUGUGGAUACAGAGGACGGUUAACAGGCAGAUAGACAGAGUGGUCUUCACUGAAAAGCUUUUUGAACCCUAGGAAGGCUGAAAAAUUAUUCUCUUCCUGAAAUAAACUCAUAGGUAAUAAUCUACAGUGUUUUUUGAAGACAUGUUUUCUCUGAUGUGUUGCAAGUACGUGACAAAGUGAUUUGAUAAGUAGGGUACUUCUGGACCAUUCUGGCUCGUCCUCCCGUUCACAGGAAAAAGUCAUUACUUGUGUGUCUAUUGAUACCACAUCAUUCUUUUUUGCGUUCUCUUUAUAAUUUUUAUGUUGUUGUUUUUUUUUUUUUUUUUUUUUUUUUUUUUUUUUUUUUUUUUUUUGCAAAUAGGAUUGAGUUUUUCCUUUGAAAAAUAUCUUAAAACAUAUCCCAAUCUGCCGGCCAGUGUUUAGAAGCAAUCAUUUGGUGCCCUAUGGCUUCGUUAGUGACGAAAUGGUUGUCAUUUUAUAACUAUGAGAGUUACAAAUUUUAUUACGACGUUGACCUCGAGAAUUUUGCUGAGAACAAUAUCGAAGGCCUCUCCCGGUGAUGUUUUUUUCUGGCCAUCAAGACCGGCAUAUAUGCCCUAAAUAAAGGGUGAAAGCUAUUAAUGAAUUAUAUAAGGUUAAAAUAAGGAACGAGGCCCUAGAAUGACUUGUUAUGUAUUCAUCCACGGGAACUUAAAACUGAGCCAUUGACAGUUUUCAAAUUUACACGAGGUAGUACUUUCUAGUCAUAUAGAGAUGAUGCCUUUUUUUCCUAUACCUUAGGAACUAAGUAUAAAAGGAGCUAGUUAAAGGAAAGGAGCUUCAGGGAACUUGAUUACAUUAUUUUAGAGCACAAUAGCACUAUGAACUUAAGAUGAAAAACCCUUCUUGGUGGUUAGUGAUCCAAAAACGAAUUAAUCUUAGAGGUAGAAUUAUGAGAGAGAAAUCAGUGUUUGGAAAAGAGUAGUGCCUUAGUGAAAGCUGCUACUACAGUAUGGAAGAAUUCUAUUAAGAAAUAUUCAAGAAGCGCUACGAAAAAGGUGCAUAAAGGCUUCACUGAUUACACUCCGAAAAAGAUGGGUUGGAAGUUUUCCAAAUAAAGCCCAAAAAUUCUUUCUUGGACCGAAACUAUAAUUCCGUAAAGAGACAGAAUAAAAGACGGCAAUAAAUCAGUGAUCAAUUGUGUAUAACGAUAAUGUUAGAAAAAGGCGACACUUAAUAUUAGCACGCCCAAAAUUUAAGAACAUGGAAAUUCCAUAUAUAGUAAUAACUGAACAUGAAAACACAAAACAACCAAAAAAGAAAAACGAAAGGAAAGUAUUGAACUUCUCAUUGUUAUAACGUUACUUUUCAAAUCAUUGUUUUUGCACCGCGCAAACAUGAGUAUCUUCCAUUAAAUUGUAAGAUUGUUAGUUAUACUGACCUGUCAGCAGUUUCUUUAGAUAUCAGAUAAGCAAUUGGCUAGAAAUGCAUACAGGUAUCUGUUAUGGGUUAAACUAUUCGCUUAUUUGUUGGAAUUAUCAAUUAGACGUGUCUCGAUGUAAUGAAAUUUGCCCUCCUUCAGUAGAAAAGAGUGUAAUUGAGCCAUUUUAAUGAACGAACACUAAAUUUCAUUUAUUUAGAUUGAAAGCCAUAUAAUCCGUCAUGUAUAGCGAUAGAGAUAACAAUGUACUACUAUCUUCGAAUGUGAUACUUAUAGCAAUAGACUACUUAGAUAUAAAGAAGUGUAUUAUAUAUAUAUAUAUAUAUAUAUAUAUAUAUAUAUAUAUAUAUAUAU